GUCACUUUUUUUUCUUCUUCUCCACAGUCAGAUCCCCAAUUCUCCUCUUCCCAAAUUCUUCUUUUUCCUUCCUCAAAUUCUCGAAUUCCCUUCCUCUUCUCCACGCCCUCGCUCAGAGCUCCCGACAACCGUCGUCGGCGGCCAGAGGUGGCGGCCUGAACAGGAAAAAAUUGGAGGGGAGCAGAACCCGGCGGCGGCUCGGCGAAUCGGCGACGUGCGGCAGCCGCUAGGCUCGGAUUGCGCGUGGUGCAGUGACAGAUUGACUUCACGAGAACCGUUGGGCUUUGGCGGCGAUUCAAAGGUACGACUCAGCGGGUGGUCGAACCUUGUCGUGGCUGGCCGUCGGGAAAAUCAAACAGAUCCGAUGGAAUGAAGAAGCAAGCAAAUGGAGAAGAAAUGGAGAACAAAUAUAUAUGUAUAUAGCCUGUACACACACUCCAUGAAUUCGCAGCAAAAUUUGGAGCCCAUUUUCUCAAAGCAUUUAAUCGAUAGCAAGGACAAUGAAAGGUUCACCUCAUCCUUUCCCCACCGAGCCUUAGACUUCCCCGCCCUCGUUGGCGGCGCCGGAGCCGGAGGCAGGCCGGGCCACGCAGACGACGCCGGCGGUGCUGAAGGGGAAGGCGCAGCAGGCUUCAACAACGGCCAUAGAUGGCCGUCGGAAGCCGCCAAGCGCCAAAACGACUGCGCGCAGCUGCAUAGGGCUCCGAUGGUAGUGCCUAGUGCAGAUCAGCUCCCACAGCCGGUCGUCUUGCGCCGUCCUCCGCCAUUGCCGGCUGACGCAUGCUGCCUUGGCCAGAGUCCGGCCGUCGUCGACGUGCCGCAGAACCUCGUAGAGUAG